CGCAGGCGCUUUCAGGAAUAGUUGUUUCUUCGUCAAUAUGUAGCAACUGCACCGCGGUCCACAAAUCAUAACUGUCUGUAAUAUUAAGUCAUCAGGAGGAAACCCAUUUUGGAACCGUUGCGGAUUUAAUUUUCAAAAGUAAAAUGGUUUAUAUAUUCAACGACGAAGUAACGCUAAGGAAUAUUCGUCUGUGACAGCUGUGUUGUGAACGCUGUUUGAGUUAAUCUGGAUUUGGAUUGUCCUGCCAACGGGUCUCGCAUACUUCAGAAAGUUUGGGGCCACUAGGGGAGUGUUCAAGUUUGGUCUUUCAUCAGUGAUUCCUUAUGCUGAAAACACCUGCAUCCUUUGCUUUACACGAUGGAAGAAAAUGAUUUAAAAAGACUUCUUUAUCAACCUCUGCUGCACUGUGGUUUGUACAACAGUGAUCAGUCCUCAAAUGACAAAAGAACACCACAUGUCCUGCACAUUGUCAACUUGCAGUGUAAAUCUAAAAAUUAUCUAUAAGCAACAAAAACUGUAAACUGAGGAAGGAGUUUGGAAGCUCUAUUUUAUCAAGAUCUCAACUGCAAAACGGCACACUGUAAACAUGGAAAUAUCUAUCUUUUAAGUUGUCCUUCAUUGUUCUUAAUUUUGGUGUGUGUGGUGGGAUGUCGGAAAAGCCUGGAGACAAAAUGGUGAAGUUUUUGGCUCCCCCUCAAAAGAGUGGAAAUGGCCCCAGCUCUGGCUCUGACUCGAUGGUGAGUGAACCCCGACCGACAGAAGUGAGACGCCGGCACCACACCAUGGAGCGGGAUCGGUGCAACCCUGAACACCGCUUCCUGCGUCGCAGCGUCAUCAGCGACUCCAAUGCUACGGCACUGGCACUGCCUUUGCCCAGCAAGAUCCCCAUCCCAGCACCUCAGCGAGUCCAGGCACGAGAAGACACCCCCCAGAGGAAGAAGGCCCCGACUGGCCACUUGUCUAAAUGUGAACCAAUGUUAUCACAAAACCAAAACUCUGCAGAUGAUGGCAAAAGUGAAGGAAACGAUAGAGUUGUAGAAAUAUCGAAGGUAGAAGUGGAGCCCUUACAAGAAGUACCUGGAAAUAUCCAAAACAUCUGUGAUGGAGAGAUAACUAUUGCAGUCCAGUCCCCACCAUGUAUAGGAACAGAACUGCCCAGUCAAUCUGAAGCUGAAGGCACUGCAGAAGUCAAAGCUCAAAAUGAAGAGGAGGCCGAUGAAGAGAAUAAGGACUCUGCUAAGGCCCGGGCAGAGGCCGAGCAGAGGGAAGCAGAGAAGAAAGUUCAAGAAGACAUAGAGGAAGCAGAGACCAAAGCAGUGGGAACAUCACCUGAUGGCAGGUUCCUCAAGUUUGACAUUGAGAUCGGACGAGGCUCCUUCAAGACUGUCUACAAAGGCCUAGACACAGAGACCACAGUAGAAGUGGCCUGGUGUGAAUUGCAGGAUCGCAAGCUCUCCAAAACAGAGCGGCAGCGCUUUAAAGAAGAAGCUGGGAUGUUAAAAGGACUGCAACAUCCCAACAUUGUUCGUUUUUAUGACUCCUGGGAAGGGCCCUCCAAAGGAAAGAAGUGUAUUGUACUUGUGACUGAACUUAUGACAUCAGGCACACUAAAAACAUACCUGAAGCGCUUUAAGGUGAUGAAGAUUAAGGUGCUGCGCAGCUGGUGCAGACAAAUCCUCAAGGGCCUUCACUUUCUACACACUCGGGCCCCACCCAUCAUCCACAGGGAUCUCAAGUGUGACAACAUUUUCAUCACAGGCCCAACUGGAUCUGUCAAGAUUGGUGACCUGGGAUUGGCCACACUCAAGAGGGCAUCCUUUGCUAAAAGUGUUAUAGGUACCCCAGAGUUCAUGGCUCCUGAGAUGUAUGAGGAGAAGUACGACGAGUCAGUGGAUGUUUAUGCCUUUGGAAUGUGCAUGCUGGAGAUGGCCACCUCCGAGUACCCGUACUCAGAGUGCCAGAACGCUGCACAGAUCUACCGCAGAGUAACCAGUGGCGUGAAGCCUGGCAGCUUUGACAAGGUGGCUAUUCCUGAGGUGAAGGAGAUCAUCGAGGGCUGUAUUCGCCAGAACAAAGACGAAAGAUACUCGAUCAAGGAUCUGCUGAACCACGCCUUUUUCCAGGAAGAUACAGGUGUACGUGUGGAGCUGGCGGAGGAGGAUGAUGGAGAGAUGGAGGCUAUCAAACUAUGGCUCCGCAUUGAAGAUGUGAAGAAACUCAAAGGGAAGUACAAAGACAAUGAGGCAAUUGAGUUCUCUUUUGAUCUCAGUAAAGAUGUGCCAGAAGAUGUGGCUCAGGAGAUGGUUGAGUCUGGUUAUAUAUGUGAUGGUGACCUCAAAACAAUAGCAAAAGCAAUUAAGGACAGAGCAUCCUUAAUCUGUCGUAAAAGAGCACAGAGACAGAAGGUUCGAGAAGAUCAGGAGAAGCGCCGUUUUGAAGACGAGCAGCAGAACCCUAUGGUGCCUCCUCAGCAACCACCUCCACAGCCUAGUGCAGAGGCUCCUGUGUCCCAGCCAGUGCUCCAGUCUGCCCCCUAUGGAUCACCACAGCCAAAUCAGCACAGCACACAAGUGGCUCCUCAGCCUGCCUCCCAACUGAACCUGACGUCCUCCAGCUACAGCAUUCCUCAGUCCGGCCCGCUCAGUGGCGUUCCGCAUUCACUCUCCUAUGUUCCUCAGUCAUCUGCACAAAUCCCUCUCACUGUCCAAGGCCAGAGUGUAGCUGCCAGUCAGCAAGAGUGUGAGGACACUGAAGCAGACCAACUGCCCCACACUGGAGGAGGCACUCUAAUGGGAGACAGGCCACCGCAUUCAUCCAUGCCCCUUGAUGUCCACCCUGCCCAGCCAGUUGUAUCCUACAGCACUCCCACGGCUCAGCCCCUGUUUCAGCCCACGGUGUUAAGUCCUCAGACACAAAGUGACCCACCACCACAGCAGCCACUGCCAGCGGGCCAACCUGUGAGUCAAGGCAUCCAUGUAGAAGCGGUUCCUGUUGCUCCCAGCAGCCAGACGACUCCGGCUGUGCCUCAGCAGUACGGCGUUUACUACCAAUCAACUCUCUCCCCUCAGAUUCCUGUACAACCAGGGGUUGUUCAGAACUCAUCCCAGUUGUCCCCCCCUCAGCCCCCUGCAGCAGACACUGGUGUGGUGCCACAAGCACAGACUGGCAACCAGCAGCUCCAGGCUGCUGUAAGUGCCUCUCAGUCCACACCAACUGAGCAGCCAGUAGCAUCAGCGGCCCCAGUGCAGCAGUCAAUGGAGAGCUGCUUUUCAGACGCAGCAUCGGGUCUGAGUGAUGGAAAUGAAGGAAACUCUACAUCUGGUGGUCGCCAUGAGGGACGCUCCCUGAAACGCCACCAGCGGAGAUCUGUGCGCAGUCGCUCACGCCACGAGAAGUGUGCCAGAGCCAAGCUGAAUGUUCUUAGUAUCUCUAAUGUCGGGGAUCGAGUUGCAGAGUGUCAGCUCGAGACACACAAUAGGAAGAUGGUGACAUUUAGGUUUGACCUUGAUGGGGAUAAUCCAGAGGAGAUUGCUCAGAUCAUGGUCGAGAGUGAGUUCAUUCUGGAGAGUGAGCGGGAGUCUUUCAUUGAACAAAUUCGUGAAGUUAUAGAAAUGGCAGAUGAAAAGGGAGAUGGCAUGAAGGAGGUGUUCCCACAAAUGAGUGGUCGUCAGCAACAGCAGGAGUUAUCUGUGCCAAUGUUACCAGGCAUUUCUCCGAGCACUACAGCUCAGGUGGUGCAUUCAGCCGGAAGAAGGUUCAUUGUGAGUCCUGUGCCUGAGUCCCGUCUUAGGGAACAGUUCUUUGGCAACACGUCCUUUAACACCUCCUUUGGAGAUGAUCCAGUCACUGUUACCUCUGGAUCUCUGGGCCUUUCUUCAUCUGCACCUGCUUCAGUUCUCCAGGAAGGGCUUCGCAAAAUAAAACAAGUGAAUGAAGACAGAAGUGAUAAACCUGAUCCUCCUGUCACAGAACAAAACACUGGUUCAGUCCCAGCGGCAGAGAGUGGCCUUGAGUCCAUUAGCAGCCAUUUCUCGCCAGAGAGUGUGACAUCCACCACAAGCGCUACCUUUCCUGCUGUGUCCAUGACUUCAUCUACAAGCAUCUCCACCACUGAGACUGUGUCCCCACCCACGGUGUCCUCAACACAAGCACCUGCUGCUGUAGUGCCUGCUCUGCCUCUUCAGUUAACCCCUGAAUCUGCUCAACCACAGCCCCUACAAACCUCCACUGCCCCUGCUUCUACCUCUGUCAGUCCACCCACUCCUCAAAUGCCCCCCCCUCAAAUGCCCUCAUCUCAAAUGGCCACGCCUUCAGUGGCCACACCUCCAGUCGCUACGGCUCCAGUGGUUACGGUUCCAGUGGCUAUGGUUCCAGUGGCUACGGUUCCAGUGGCUACUCCUCAAGUACCAUCCUCUCAGUCUACAGGACUUGUUAAUCCCCCUGUGUCUUCUAAUGCUGCUGUUCCUUCUACCAACUGUAACACCAUUCCAGUCUCAGAGCAGCAGCCUUUUAAUGGUGCAGCUGCAUCCAUGCAGCCCACAAAUGCACCUACCCUUCCCAUACAACAGCCAGGCUCCCAGAAUCCACCAGUGGCCAGUUCUAACCAGCAGCCUCCUCCAGCCUCAAUAUCCACUCAGAACCAAAUCCAGUCUCAGCCACCAGAGGCUGAAGGGCUAGUGGUCCAGACCAAGAGUGGGGGCAGUGAUGAUAUUGAAGCCCUGGACAAAAAGUUGCGAUCGCUUUUUAAAGACCCACCUGUCACCUCUUCCACCUCUAUGGACCCCUCACAGAGCACUGGCACCUCCUCCCCUCCAACAGGUACCUCAUCUCCUCCCCCAGGGCAAGCUCUGGUGCCCCCAUCCAACCUCCCCCUGACAGCUGGGACAGCCACUCCAGGACAUGCCCAAACCCCUCCAACUAAACCCAGGGCUCAGACAUUACCUGCCGGUUUUGAUCCAUCUGCAACACCUACCACUGACCUCAUACCACCAUUUCCUGGACCAAAUCAACAACCAAUGAAUGAUUUAGAUUCCCAGUUAAGAAGAGCUCUUAGCCCAGAGACUGUGCAGGGAAAUAAUGCAACACCAAACCCAGGGACUGGCUUCACACUCGGACGCUUCCAGGUCUCCGUGGCUACAGAUGCAUCUAACACCGCUCCAGACAUCUCGACUGUGGUCUCUUCUUACUCCAUGACAUCGUCAUGCACCUCAUCUUCUUCAUCAUCCUCUUCUCCAUCAAGUCCUGAAAAUACUCUUCAUCGAUCUUCUUGUCUGUCCAAAGAAAUAAGUGCCACUGAUAAGAGAAAUGAAAGUCCAGUGUCCUGUUCUGAUCUGAACAGUGAGCACACAAAAACAAUUGGACGUUUCCAAGUGUCCACCAGCUCCAGUACACCCCCCACAGGCAAUGCUGGCUCAAGGGUGGGCCGCUUCUCUGUCACAGUGAGCUCUACUCCAGAAGACCCCAAUCCCUCCCAUGGGAUCACCCUGCAGAAUGGGCCAUCAUCAUCCACCUCAGACCCCCACACCACGCACACGCCUUACAGCAGUGACAAUGAUGAGGAUUCAGAGGCUGAGGAUGAAGCACUCCAGAAGGAGAUCAGCCUCCUCCGAGAAAAACAUAUGCUGGAGAUUCAGGCUUUGCAGACACGUCAGCAAGAGGAAAUUGAGGCCCUGUUCACACGUAUGGGAAAAGCUGCACCCCCUUCUGUUUUAUCACCGGCUGUCGCCAUGGCUGGAGGCCGCCGCAGAAUUAAGAGCAAGACCCACAAGUCUACACGCAGCCCAUCACAUCCUGGUACUCCUUUGUCUGGCCAAAACCUUAACAGUUCAGAGGCAGUUCCAAAGCAGGACUGUCCAUCUGGAAGGGUUUUAGAUCCAACAAUAGAGCCUUCUCAAGCAGCAUGUAGAUCACCUCAGCUGACUUCUUCUGCUUCUAUGCCAAUCCUUAGCUCCACUGGGACAAUUGUAACAAGUUCAACCAACGGUUCAGGCCCCAGUCACAUGUCUGGGGGCCCUGCAGCUCACUCCCAAAAAGGCAAGGGCACUUUUACCGAUGACCUGCAUCAACUGGUGGACAACUUUGCCCGGGAUGCCAUCAGCUUAUCUCAGUGCAAGAAGGGUCCUAAGGCAGGAUCACAGGCAGCAUAUGAUCCUAAUAUCCCUCCCGCCAACAUGGGCCGUAAAUUCUCUGCUCCAGGCUACCUUUGCCCAACGCUUCCCACACCAUCCAACCCCACAGGCUCCACUUCGACUCAAAUUCCAAACCAGACCAAUUCCUCAAUCCCUCUGGGCCCCCGAAAAGGUUCUCUGGGUCCUGUGACCCCAGGCUUUGGUUACGCCUCUGCCCCUUACAACUCUUCUCAGUGGGCCGGACCCACAGGCACAUGUCAGGUCAGCAUGCUUAACCCCGCACAGCCCCUUGCCCAGUACCAGCCACCCACCACCAGCUCAGUGUCGAUGCACCAGGGCUACCACAUGGGAACUAGCACGGCUCCACCAAAAUCCAACUCUGGAGGGACUAAUCUGAGGCCCACAUAGCCCACAGUGUGCCCACAUAGAGGACCACUCGGAGCAAAGAGCACAGUCCCUAAACCACUCGCUCUUUUUGCUCUAUGUUCUUUACCUGGCAACAUAUAAUGCUUUUUAAAAUUUUCAUUUGUGUUUAUUUGUGAUAGGAUUGACCUGUGUGCCUGGUGAAUGGAGGGAGAGUGCAAUAUUCAUCCACAGCCGUCGCUUGUACACAAACCUAUCCUGCCAUCAGCUGUGGCUUCAACUGUGACGCGUUAGUCAGUUAUGUCUAAAUGACAGCCCAAAAGCAUAGGGAACAGCAGCCAAAGAUAUUGUCAGAGAAAGUGAAAUGCUGUCACAGGCCCAAAUGUUGACCUGUUGCCAAUUAUAACCAUUUGCCAUUUAAAAAGAAAUCCAAAAGUAAUUGGCUUAGUAAAACUAGAGGGUAGCUCACAAGGAAACGGUGUCAGAGUUGUAGGAGGUGGUGUCAAAUGGAGGAGAGGAAGUGUUUGAUGAAUGUUAUGAUAAAGGAAGACUGCGUAAGUUGGACAGGUGAAUGAGCUGGGUAGGUGUGCAGUACAGAGAGGUCUUGGUGGCUAUGUGUAGAAGAACAAUGCAAUAAGAGCAAAGGAAAAUACAUAAUAUCCCUUAUAACUGUGGCCUUAAUCUCCUAAACAUCUUAAUUUUGUACAUAUAUAUUUACUGGGUUAUAAUUCCAUACUAAGUCUAUUUAUGUCACUGUGAGUCUGCUGUUAAGUGAGUUUUGUAUCAUACAGAUUUCUUUUACGUUUGAGUUGAUCCUUUACACCUGACCUGUAAGCCAGUGGAUCUGCUAUUCAAAUGCAUUGUCUUGGUGUUGAGCACCUCUCAUGAUUUUAGACCUAGACAUGAUGCUGCUGUAGAUCACCAUCUGGUCAAAUGUGAUUGCAGGGUGUUUUCAUAUUUCUAUGGCAAGAGAGUUGUAUUGUUUAGAAUCUCAAAAACUCUUACCAAGUAGAUCUCCGUCAAACACAGGCAAUUCAAAGUAUACUUCAUCCUGGGUUAUUUGAAUUGUAUCAGUGGUAUCUGGGGUUUAUCAGGUCCCAGGGGUUUACACAAAAUGCUGGUGUUGGUUUAGUCAUAUCUGGAAAUGACCUCCUCUAGUACAAUAUUAGAUUCUCAAAUUACACGUCUGGGGUUCUUUUUCUGUGGUCUGUUUUUGUAUGCGUAUAUUUAAGAAAAUGUUCUUUAUGGACCUGUAUUCAACCAUCAGAUUUUGAUGUUGUUUCACUGUAAUUAUUAUUAAAGGUUGUUAAACAACAUGUAGUUUAAGGAAUAUAAAAAGUGCAAUUGCAGGGUUGUUUCUCUUGGUCUCUUCAAGGCACAGGAUUGAUCCUGUGGUUUAUUAAGCUCUUCUAUGUAUGACACCCUGCCCCUUUUCUAUUUUAUUGUAUAUACAACAGUAUGUUCAUGUGAGGUCAUGGUUUCACGUAUUGCUCACUGUCACUGGAGUACGCUUGUGGUGAUCUACUCUACACACCAUCACAAUUCCAAGGAACACUUUAGUGCCUUGCAUCUUCACUAAUGAACAGUUCCACUCAUCCAGCUGUAGCCGUGUGGGUCAGACAUGCACAGGUGACAUCAUAGCUCGGGGGUACAUGGAGCGUUCUACAGGACCAGGAGCUCAGAGGGUACAUCCUUCCUCUGCACCUGCAGAUGUGUGUCUAAUUGGCUAUGUAUUAUAAUAGGCUAAUGCAUUCAUGGAUUGGCUGACAUUUGUUUUGUGGAUUUCUCAUUAAACCAUUUCUUGGAAGCACUUGUUCUGGCAGUGUGAGCUAAACGUGUAAAGGUCACGGCGCCCCACGCUGGCCGUACUUCUGCAGUCCCUCACAUGAGUGCCAUGCUGUCAUUGUGACUGUCGCCUGCUCGUAGAUAUACUUCUCUAGAGAAAAAAUAAGUUACUGCAAUGCAGAAUAUGCAAUGUUUAAAGUUUUAUAGGGACGAGGGGUAAUGGAAACAUUUGCAUGCUGAAGCGGGUUGUUACUGACUUCAAUGUUUUUGAUAUUGAAAUUCUUUUCAUUUUUUGCCUUCUUGAAAGUCAUCAAGUGUUAUCUGUUUAAAAGCAAUCAAACUUCACAUGCGCAACUUCAGUAUCAGUCAGCAUAGGAGAUCUGCAUGCCGGCUGCAUUGAUCUGUUAUCUCCCACUUAAGCAACCUGUACCCAGUCACUGUACAGCACGGGCUCACAAUGCUUCGGUCCUUGGCGUGCUCCUAAACUACUUUAAGACAUGAUGUACUCUGCGUCCUCUGACACGCAGUAAUCUUUUCAGCAUCAGAUCUUUGUUGGCUCCUUAUGACUUCUGUGAUUCAGUGUCUGUUUUGUGUAUGUUUUUCACAUUGUACAAAAUGUAAAAAACAAAUAAAAAUAUCAUUUAAACUGAUAA